CUUUUGUUUAUCAUUCUAUCUGCUGUGGUUACUAUGACCUGUUGCUGCUUGUUGUUUUACGAAUAUUAUGUGUAAUGUUUCUAGGAAGGUUACUCUGGAAUCUCACGAGAACACAUUUCAGAUCAAAGGGUUCAGUUCAACGUUAGAAUAGUUUAAAGAUAUUUUUUAAACGAAUGUCAAGAACCGUGGAGCUAACAUUGCUUGCGAUCUCAAGCAUUAAGGAAUUAUUUGCUUUAUUGUGAAGUGUCAAAGUUGGCAGAUGAUGGUUGCUGUAAAUUUUUGUUUGGUUUUUUUUGUUCCAAUAGCAUUUGAGGAUGUUUGUAUAAUGUUUACGAGGGCAUCUAGCGAGGAACAUCUUAGGAUCGCUGUUCGAAACGUAGAACGUGUAUAUAUUCUAAGAGAAGAACGCCCUCCAUUUGAAGCAGCGGGUAACUUCGAAUGGAAACAGGGCUAUUGGGAUCCACGUACAAUUGGUUUGUCAAUCGAUUCCACACCAACAACUGCUCGGAGUGUUCUAAGGCUGACUAAAGAAAUGAAAGAGCUCAAAAGAAACCCAGUGAAACACUGUCGAGCUGCACCGAGAGCUGAUAAUAUUCACGAAUGGACUGCAGUGAUCAACGGGCCUGAAAAUACCGUUUAUGAAGGUGGUACUUUUUUCGUGCAGAUGUUUGUACCGCCAACAUACCCUUUUAAUUCACCUAAGGUGCAGUUCUUAACAAGGAUAUAUCACUGCAAUAUCAAUCGCCACGGUGUUAUUAACAUUGAUAUUUUGCGUGAUCGAUGGAGUUCCUCAAUGACAAUUGCAAGAAUUUUGCAGGAAAUAGUUGCUCUUCUAUAUGAUUGUAGACCCGAAAAUGCUCUUCUUGGAAAUGUUGCGGAACAGUAUGUGAACAAUCGAAAGGAAUUUGAUGCUACCGCACGGGUAUGGACAUCGCGAUUUGCUCAGUGAUCUCAAAAUAAGUUCCUGACCAAACUAGUGAAAUUGUUUCCUUUGUUUUUCACUACUUGACGCAGUAAAUAGAUUGUUUCCUUCGCUUGCUGUUCCCUGUUGCUAAAUCUGGAUAGAAAGUUGCACAAAUGCGAGUGCAAGAUCAAUUUUGUUCAGUGAUAAAUUUUACUGUACAUUAGUUUUUUUUAAUUGUGUCUUCAUGGUCUCACAUUUGAGUUCUUUGAUGAGCUGGUAGGAGUACUUGUAUAUAUCUCUUGUUAUAACUUUUACUUUGCAUAACAUGAGAAUUUAUUUCUCCUGCGUCACCUGAUUAACACUAAUUAGUCGUAAUAAAUCUGCU